ACUUGGCACUCCGGGUGUGCUAGGGUUCAGGUCAAAAAAGAAAAAGAAAAACAAAGUGUACUAGGGUUCGUUGCUGGCCACUCAUCGAUCGUUCCCGGAGCCGGCGGCGACCGCGAUGCCCGGGAAGAAGAACGCGGAGCCGGCGCCCGCCGCCGUCCCGCCCCAGCCCGCGCCGAUGCCGCCUGUGAAGAUGUUCAGGUCAAACGACGGCGGCGGGUGGGACGAUUACGGAGCCGGCCGUGUCACCAUCGACCACCUCGAGGGGUCGACAUCGGAGAAGGAGAUCGUUCUGGCUGUCAUAGACGCGGAGAACAAGGAGACGAUGCUUUUGCAUCUCAUCACCCCGGACGACAUUUACAGGAGGCGACAAGGUGAAGAAGCCCUUCUCUUGCUUCCCCUGCUUUUCCCCUCUUCUCUCAACAUUCAAAUCUCCGACAAAAGGGACGUUCAUCUCGUGGUUCGAUCCCGAGACCGGCUUGUCCAUCUCCUUGAGCUUCCUGGACGCGGCGGCGUGCUCCGAUGUGUGGGACACGAUCUGCCAAGUGCAGAGAAAACUGAGGCCUGAUGGUUGGUAGUAGGGAUGGCAGUGGCGCCGAUGGUAGGUCCUCAAGAACAGUUUACCCUAUGAAGUGAAGCUGAUGAGUUUGGAAAUUUACCCUAUGAGGUGAAGCAGAGUACCGCAGUGGCCAUCAAGGCUCAAGAUCUGAAAACCAAUCAAUAACCUCUGUUGUUUUCUUCAGGACUUACUGAAUUAGGAUGCCCUUUUUCGCAGCGCCAUGUGCAGAGUACACACCAUUAAUUUUAUGUAAUAAACAUCACCUCUGUUGCGAUUAUUAUUUUUGAGCUGCAUCAA